AUGGAUCCUUAUGAUUUAGAAAAUGAGGAUGAAAUUGAGUGGAAAAUUAUAGAAGAUGAACUAAAUGAUCUUCAUGCUCAAGAAGCAUGUAUUCAGUUAAUCAUUGAGGAGCAUCUCCAACAAGUUGAUGGAAGCUCUAGUAAUUGUAGACGUCAAAGAUCUCACAUAGAAAGGAAUCGGGAAGAAAGACACGUUCGUUUGUGGAAUGACUAUUUCUCGACAAAUCCAGUUUACACAGAAGAGCAAUUUCGGCGAAGGUAUAGAAUGCGAAGACACGUGUUCCUUCGAAUUGUAGAAGCCAUCAGCAACACCGAUGAUUAUUCCCAAAUGAGAAAUGAUGCGACUGGGAGAAUGAGCCUUUCACCAUUGCAAAAAUCCACUGCUGCAAUUCGUACGUUGGCUUAUGGAUCCUCGGCCGAUAGUGUAGAUGAGUAUGUGCGUAUUGGUGAAAGCACUGCAUGA